GGAGGCCUUGGAGCCGUGGGGGGCGGAGAAGCCAUAGGAGGCGGAGCUGAGUGAAGCCCUGGAGGCUCAGGAGGUGGAGCUGAAGGAGGUUCUGGAGGUUCAGAAGGCGGAGCUGAGGGAGGCUCUGGAGGCUCAAGAGGCGGAGCUGAGGGAGGCUCUGGAGGCUCAAGUGGCGGAGCUGAUGGAGGCUCUGGAGGCUCAGGGGGUGGAGCCAUGGGAGGUUCAGGAGUCAGAGCAGAGGGGGGCUCGGGAGGCGGAGACCUGGAAGGCUCUGGCGGCGGAGCCGAGGGAGGUGGCGCCGCAGGAGGCUCUAGAGGCGGAAACCUAGAAGGCUCUGGCGGUGGAGCCGAUGGAGGUGGCGCCGUAGGAGGUUCUAGAGGUGGAGGCCUGGAAGGCUCUGGAGGUGGAGCCGAGGGAGGCUCAGGAGACGGAACUGAGGAAGGCUCAGGAGGAGGAGCCGAGGAAGUCUCAGGAGGCGGAGCCGAGGAAGGGGGCGCCAUAGGAGGCUCGGGGAGAAGAGCCGUAGGGGGCUCGGGAGGCGGAGACCAGGAAGGCUCUGGAGGUGGAGCCGAGGGAGGCUCAGGAGACGGAACUGAGGAAGGCUCAGGAGGGGGAGCCGAGGAAGUCUCAGGAGGAGGAGCUGAGGAAGGGGGCGCCGUAGGAGGCUUUAGGGGUGGAGACUUGGAAGACUCUGGAGGCGGAGCCGUAGGAGGCUCAGGAGGCAGAGCCCAGGAAGGCUCGAGAGACUUGAGGGGCGGAGCCCUGGGAGGCUCGAGAGACUUGAGGGGCAGAGUCCUGGAAGGCUCGAGAGGCGGAGUCCUGGAAGGCUUGAGAGGCGGAGCCCUGGGAGGCUCGAGAGGCUUGAGGGGCGGAGCCCUGGGAGGCUCGAGAGACUUGAGAGGCGGAGCCCUGGGAGGCUUGAGGGGCGGAGCCCUGGAAGACUCGAGAGGCUUGAGGGGCGGAGCCCUGGAAGACUCGAGAGGCUUGAGGGGCGGAGCCCUGGAAGACUCGAGAGGCUUGAGGGGCGGAGCCCUGGAAGACUCAAGAGGCUUGAGGGGCGGAGCCCUGGAAGACUCGAGAGGCUCAAGAGGCGGAGCUGAGGGAGGCUCUGGAGGCUCAGGGGGUGGAGCCAUGGGAGGUUCAGGAGGCAGAGCAGAGGGGGGCUCGGGAGGCGGAGACCUGGAAGGCUCUGGCGGCGGAGCCAAGGGAGGUGGCACCGCAGGAGGCUCUAGAGGCGGAGACCUAGAAGGCUCUGGCGGCGGAGCCGAUGGAGGUGGCACCGUAGGAGGUUCUAGAGGCGGAGGCCUGGAAGGCUCUGGAGGUGGAGCCGAGGGAGGCACAGGAGACGGAACUGAGGAAGGCUCAGGAGGGGGAGCCGAGGAAGUCUCAGGAAGUGGAGCUGAGGAUGGGGGCGCCGUAGGAGGCUUUAGGGGUGGAGACUUGGAAGACUCUGGUGGCGGAGCCGAGGGAGGCUAGGGAGGCAGAGCCCAGGAAGGCUCGAGAGACUUGAGGGGCGGAGCCCUGGCAGGCUCGAGAGACUUGAGGGGCGGAGCCCUGGGAGGCUCGAGAAGCGGAGCCCUGGAAGACUCGAGAGGCUUGAGGGGCGGAGCCCUGGAAGGCUCGAGAGGCGGAGCCCUUGAAGGCUCGAGAGGCUUGAGAGGUGGAGCCCUGGAAGGCUUGAGGGGCGGAGCUCUGGAAGGCUCAAGAGGCGGAGCUCUGGAAAGCUCAGGAAGCUCGGAAGGUGGAGCUCUGGAAGGCUCGGAAGGUGGAGCUCUGGAAGGCUCGGAAGGCGGAGCUCUGGAAAACUCGGAAGGCGGAGCUCUGGAAGGCUCGGAAGGCGGAGCUCUGGAAGACUCGGGGGACUUGAGAGGCGGAGCCCUAGGAGGCUCGAGAGGCGCUGGCUCUAGGACGGGCACGACCACUGGCGCUGGCUCUUGGACGGUCAUGGCUACUGGCGCUGGCUCAGGGACGGUCGAGGCUACUGGCGCUGGCUCAGGGACGGUUGAGGCUACAGGCGCUGGCUCAGGGACGGUCGAGGCUACAGACUCUGGCUCACGGACGGUCGAGGCUACAGGCGCUGGCUAACUGACGGCUGAGGCGACAGGCGCUGGCUCACUGACAUCGGGGGCUAAUGGCUCAGGCUCGCUGACCGUGGCUGACGAGGGCUCAGGCUCGCUGACCGUGGCAGACGAGCGCUCAGGCUCGCUGACCAUGGCUGAUGAGGGCUCAGGCUCGCUGACCGUGGCUGACGUGGGCGCAGGCUCGCUCACCGUGGCUGACGUGGGCGCGGGCUCGUUUACAGUGACAGGCGUGGGCUCUGGCUCGCAGACCGGGGCAGGCGUGGGCACUGGCUCGCAGACCGGGGCAGGCGUGGGCCGGAAGGCGGAAGCUUGUCUUCUCUUCCUCCUCCUUCGGCCGGACGAGGCUGACCACGCCGGCUUGAGGAUCGCGGAUGCGGGGCACACCGGCUCUGAAGCAGACGAGGUUGGCAGCGUGUAGGUCAGGAAGGCCGAGGAAGUCUCAGGAGGCGGAGCCGAGGAAGGGGGCGCCGUAGGAGGCUUUAGGGGCGGAGACCUGGAAGACUCUGGAAGCGAAGCCGAGGGAGGCUCUGGAGGCGGAGCCGAGGGAGGCUCGGGAGGCGGAGCCGUAGGAGGCUCGGGAGGCAGAGCCCAGGAAGGCUCGAGAGACUUGAGGGGCGGAGCCCUGGGAGGCUCGAGAGACUUGAGGGGCGGAGUCCUGGAAGGCUCGAGAGGCUUGAGAGGCGGAGUCCUGGAAGGCUCGAGAUGCGGAGCCCUGGGAGGCUCGAGAAGCGGAGCCCUGGGAGGCUCGAGAGGCUUGAGGGGCGGAGCCCUGGGAGGCUCGAGAGACUUGAGGAGCGGAGCCCACGAGGGCUAACAAAAUGACUAUGGAGCUAUAAGGGUGACAAAAGUGAAAACUAAGGAACUACAAAAGUGACAAAAAUGACAAACGAAGGGCAACAGAAAGACAAGACAAGGUAUACAUAACAAUUACAUGGUGUCCCGAUUAAUCACAUAUACAAUUAUUUGCUGAGAAAGCCCUCAUAUAACAAUAAUUCAAUAAAUAAUUAUGAAAUAAUUAUACAUAGUUAUCUUUAAAUAUAUAAAAAUUAUAUAUAUAAAAUAUUCAGAUAAUUAAAAUGCAUUACAUUCUUGUGGCAGAAGAGUUAAUCAUUGAUAAGACA